UUACAACUUCCCACCAGCAAAGCCAAAAUCCGUCACCAUCACCAGCAACCACAACCUACAGUAGUCUACCUGUUCUUCAGCCGCAAUCAUGCCCUCCAUCUCGAGCUCGUGCUUCGCCCUCUGGGGAGGACUGCUGUUGAUCCCCUUCUGUCCGCAGGGCUAUGGCCAAGUUGAGCUCCCCGCCUUGCCGUACGGGGAGUCUGACCUUGAGCCGUAUAUCACCGAGGAGACCGUGGGCUUUCACUACGGAGCGCAUCACCAAGGAUAUGUGAACAACAUGAACGCUUUCAUCGAGGCUGAUCCUGAUCUCGAGGGCCUUUCCCUCUCGGCGCUCAUGGACCAGACCGAGGGGACAAUUUUCAACAACGCCGCCCAGAUCUACAACCACAACCUCUACUGGAACUCUCUUUCGCCUAGCGGCGGCGGGGUGCCGGAGGGGGAUCUCUACACCGCUAUCCAGUCGGCCUUCGGCAGUUACGAGGAAUUCCAGACAACGUUCACCGACUUGGCCUCUGGACACUUCGGCAGCGGGUGGGCCUGGCUAAUGAUGCACGAAGAUGGCUCCGUGGAUGUGGUGGACUCGCACGAUGCCUCGAACCCCGAGAGCGAUGGACUUGGAUUCCCGCUCCUGGUCUGCGACGUUUGGGAGCACGCCUACUACCUCGACUACCAGAACUUGAGGGCCUCCUACAUCGAGGGUUGGUGGGCUUUGGUCAACUGGGACUACGCUGAGUCCGAGUACACCCGUGUGUUGGACGAAUACAACAAGAAAGACUAAGCAACUAGGGGAAAUGAUUGCCCCUGUGCCCCCACACUGCGAAGGAAGUCUGGUCCUUUUGAAAAGUAUCGCGCAGGAAGAUGUGGUACGGAUGAUGUGCUGUGUACAGCACUAGUAGGUUGAUGUAUAGUCGUGAGGAGGCUGCAGUGUAUGAAGGGGGAGGUCGUUGUAAGUCUGUACUUGAAAAGCAGGCCAUGUUGUGUGUGAAUUGUUCGAAUUCCGCGGCAAGUUCAUAGAAAGAAUACUAUAUGCGUUGGAAAAUACUGAUGUUCGAUCGUCAUUCUUUGCAGAAAACGCGUGCUAGAGACGCAACACCCAAGGCUUGUUGGGUUCUGCGACGAGCGUGAUGGCAUAGGUGUUUUCAGCUAGAUAUUCCCGACAUUGGGCAAGACGACGUUGUGGACGCUUUGUGUUGGUAGUUACCCGUAUGUUGACGACGCCGACACCGACCAUGGUUCUUGACGAAUAUCGUCACGGUAACGGUGCAAAGCAAGUGGUGAAAAAGUGCAAACUCCAUGUCGGGUGAAUCACAUGUGCGAAAGUCUUUGUGUCAUUGUCGUUUGUUGUGUCAUUGUCGUUUGUGUCGUUAUUGAUGGGUCUCGUAUUUUUUAUUAGUCAUGGUUUGUCGUCGCGGAACACGCUCCCGGGUGUAUAGACUUAGAUUUUCGCGUGCUCUCUAGUGAAACACACGUGCGACGGAGCUGAACGGGCAUGGGCGUGAAUGUACCGACGAGCACCGUCCCCUUGAGAAGGAAGGACGGCGAAAGGCUUGCUGCCGAGAGUGGCAGAAAUACCGAAGCGUCAGAAGUGGCUACGUUGUUAUAGGUUACGGUCAUCAUAUACUAGACCCGGCGCUCGCUGUUGAAGUGGCAGAAGAAUUACAUAGCGACGCACUUGUCGUAUUGAGCGAUGGCCCGAGCACGGAGAAGUACAUACACAGAGUUUCGGGUGUCAUAAUGCAUACCUCAAUGUUCGCUAGAAAAGUUCCACCGUAAACUACACAGCAAUUGUUCGAGCUUCGGAUGAUUUUUUUGUAGAGCGGCGGGGGGUAGUUGUGAUAUAGCGUACAACGUUUCCCGGAAGGAAUUCGUUCCGUCGUAGAUGUAUACGAGAAGAGUGAAUGCAAAAAAAUGGGUUCCGCCGCAGGAGGAUUUUGCAAACUCCGACUUGUUUGGCGCAGGGUCGCAAGUAAGAUCAAGUUGCACAGCGACGCACAGCCUUGAUCUGUGGGCAUUGACAAAGAAUGCGGUGUUUGUUGUGUACAACAGUGGGUCCGCCUCUAUAAUACGAAGUAAAUGUUUUGAAAGAACGGGGUCUAAGAAUAUAUAGACGUGGAGACAAUUAUGCUUUGCU